AUGUCUUCUGACAAUGAGUGUCGAUCGGCGGUGGUUGGGCUAGUUGACACCGAAAUCCGACCUCUGUUGUCCGUCUCCCUGCCGAUCCAUACUUUGCCGGUGGAGGUCCUUAUCCAGAUCUUCCAACAUUUUCUUCCGUCGCACGACUCGUUCAUCGACAGGACUGGCAGCUUGAAAUGUCCCUGGGCGCGUCUGAUUUGCGUCUGCCGACGCUGGUGCGCCCUCAUCAGGAACACAGCUUGCUUCUGGACGGACAUCGACGUCCGAAGCCGGGAGACUCGUUGGCUUGAAGUAGCUUUGUUCCGUUCAGGAGGUGCUCCGAUACGCAUAGUGCUCUGGCACAACUUCGAAGCGGUCGUGCCGUUGUUGCUGAAGCAUGUGUAUCACAUCGAAGGGCUGAGCUUCAGGGAGCCGAUACACGAGUCUUUCGUCGCGCCAUUCCUAUCCCGGUCGUUCCCCAUCCUCAAGCACCUAGAACUCUCGGCGGAGAGAUCAUCGCACCCCCCUCUCUUCCCCACCCUCAGCAGUAGUCGUCUCCAAACCCUCACAACAUUAGUCCUCACACGGGUGUCUUUGCCUUGGACCCCGUCUCUCUUCUCCGGCCUUGAAUCCCUAUCUCUGACACAUUGUCGACUCUCAACUCCUCCUCUACCCUUUGCCGAUUUCCUCGAUCUGCUGGAGCACGGCCAGAAGCUCCGGCAGCUGCGCUUGGAACACUUUCUCUCCGUUGCACUAUCUCCCCAGACCGUCGUUCCACUCCAGCAUCUGGUCACACUCCCUGAGCUGCAACAUCUCGUCUGCCACGACCUGCCCGCUCAUGUUGCUCAGCUCAUGACACACCUCCAUACCCCUGCAAUCUCCUCCAUUGAGCUUCAAGAAGCGCGAGACGAUCCCAACAACUUUGCCGGCGUCGAUACCACCCUGACGGCCAAAUUGCUCCCCGAAGAUCUCACACGAGUUCCCGCCCUGCAAGCUAUCUCCUCUCUCCACUUCACUCACUGGGCCGGGCAGAGAUUACUCAGCUGCGCUGGCUCCAUCAAGCUUCAAAUGUCCGUCAACGAACACCUCUCCAUCUGGGAUAUGGAGCCGGAACUACUCCGGUUGCCUAUGGUCUUCGGAACUGCGUUGACCGAUCUGCGUCUCAACGGCAUACUCAGUUUUUCCGCCACCACCUGGGACAUCCUGUUCGACGCCUUCCCGACGUUGCAGACGUUGUCCCUGAACGACUAUGGCUGGGCACCUGAGCCAACAAUGGUCGACGACCUGUUCCGCUCCCUCCAAAGCGCCUCCAAUUCUUAUAGCGACAACGCCAGGGAUCCGGAGAUCGGGGAGGUACACUGCCCGGUUCGCUGUGCGGUUUUGAAGGAGCUCACGAUCGACCCGGUGUGGUGGAUACCAAGGACUGUGGUGGCGGUCCUGGAGUGCUUGCGGUCUCGCGCUGCGAGCGGGACACCAAGGCUGGAGCACCUAACGUUGAGGACACGCGACCCGGGCCCCGUUCGCAGGGGGGUCGAGGAGCAUCACGUUGACCGGCUUCGUGAACUUGUCGACCAGUUCGUCCUUGCGAAGGAGACCUGACCACGCGCGGCCACUUGGCUGCGCGGUCGACGGAGGGCCACUGUUCUCGUAGCUGAAUUUGAUCCUCCUUAGCGAUGCGCAGUGGUACAAGAGUGUUCAUACCAGGAAGACUCGUUUUUCACUCAUAAUGUAAGCUACAUGCGAGAGUGUUAUGAGGGGGCCAUGUGUUAUCCGAAUCAAUGCUGUCGACUCAAACUUAGUCUCCGUGGCUGACUAUAUAGGAGAUGACAGUCGAUCUACGUAUAUAAC